AUGAAAUCAGCAAGAAUGAAUCAAGAAAAUUCAAAUGUAUUAAAAAGCAAGAAAGAAAUGUCUAAAAAUAAAAAACGCCAGGAUAUUUAUAACAACGUGACAAUGGGUUUAGCAGGUCUGAAUCCUACUUUGAAGACAAAUAGAGUUGACUUAAAUGCGAAAACAAUUUGUCAAUCCUUUCAUAAGCAUAGCAAAAAGUUGAAACAAAUUAACAAGAUCUUGCAAGAUUUAAUAAAUAAUGAGCCAAAAAAUUAA